UCUGCGAGGAAAGGAAAGUAUUUACUUUUUCCUAUUUAGAGCACGGUACUGAUAUUUCUCUCUGGUACCGCACUGCGGUGCCGACGCGGCGCACGUUUUGGGAAAGUGCGUUUCAGCAAAACCCUAAAAAGCUGAGUACUACUACGGCGGACGUCGAGGGGACGUGGACUAUGGAGGAAGCCGAAGAGCAGCCGAUCCGAGGGAAGGGGCGCGACGAGGAAGGAGAAGUAGAUGCUGUCUCCGCCCAAGUCAGGAAUCUUAGUUUGGACGGGAAGUUGGAUGGAACGGAAAAUGGCAGCUGUGUGGAUUGGGGGCCUGAAAGAAAUGUAGGCGGGUGGACAUUGGGAGGAAUUGUGGGUGACGGGAAGGAAGGAUCGGCGUGGGAAAAUCACUUGGAGGUGGUACCUCGGGUUUCCGAGGGGCAGCAAGAGGGCGACGGUAGCUAUAAGGAAGAUUUAGCUGGAUCCUGUCCCUAUCCGCAAAGGCCAGGGCUGCCUGAUUGUGCUCACUAUCUGAGAACUGGGAGAUGUGCUUACGGAUUGAACUGCAGGUUUAAUCAUCCUCUGAUAGGAACGCUCACUCAGUUUUCUAUUCACGAGGAUGUGAGAGAACAUCAAAUAGAAUGCAAGUUCUUCUCAAUGCCAGGAGGUUGUCGGUUUGGGAAUGCAUGCAAGUUUCUUCAUUCUCAAGAAAAAACUGAAAUGCCUGGAAUUGAGCUCAAUUUUUUAGGUCUUCCAAUUCGACCAGGACAAAAAGAAUGCCCCUAUUAUAUGCGCACUGGUGUUUGCAAAUUCUCAAGCAAUUGCCGAUUCAAUCAUCCAGACCCCACUGCUACAAAUACUCAAGAUUAUUCACCAGGAUGUCAAAAUGAUCAUCUGACACCCCGCAUUACAAGCAUGCUUUUUCCUCCCAAUGGGCUCAAUCUAAAUCCUGAUUUCAGGUCUCAGAUCCCAACAAGCCCAAACUACCCCACCGAAAGUUUUAUGCAGCAGUCUUUAUUUCCAGCCCCAUUAAGUAACCCAAUAGCUGUACACCAGCAGGUAAGUGCAAGUUUUCCGGAGAGACCUGGCAAGGCUGAGUGUGCAUACUUCAUGAAGACUGGAGACUGUAAAUUUGGAUCAACAUGCUUAUAUCACCAUCCAAGGAGUCGCCUCACGAUGAGUCCUAGUUACAAUGUCACUCCUGGCAAGACUCCGUGUGCCUACUUCUUGAAGACAGGAGAUUGUAAAUUUGGGUCAGCAUGCAUGUUUUACCAUCCAAGCACUCCUACUUACAAUGUCGGUCCUCAUGGCCUUCCUUCAAGACCUGAUCAGCCAGCCUGUUCAUUCUAUAACCGUUUUGGGAUCUGCAAAUUUGGGCCUGCCUGCAAGUAUGAUCACCCCAUGGUUUCAGCAUCCUCAUCCUAUGAAGCAGCAAGGCCUUUGAGUGAUAUGGUCAGACGAUGAGGUUGAUCAUGCAGCAGUUUUCGGCAGCUACAUGGAUCUGCCACUCUUGAUACCUUAACUAAAUCACCCACAUAGCAACUUGAGUCAGCCACAUGAUGGAUCUGCUACUUGUUUAUUUUUCAUUCCUUUUUUACUGUGCAUAAUAUCGUUUUGCUAGAAUCUAUUGCAACCUUGUGAAUUAUGCUUCUUGCUUUCUUGGGAGAAUUCCAGUCUAGCAUGGAUUAAAUUGGGGGUCCUGCUUUUUAAUAGGGUGCUUGUUAAGGAGAGCUGGAAAUUCAACUAAGUUUGUUAUAAUGCGAAAAAAUUAAAAGCGUAUCUAUUA